AUGAAUAAACUGGAGGUUGACGCUUACUUUGAACUUCUUGUAAGCAUAUUGACAGUAGACGAUGGUGUGUUGAAUCCGAGUUGUAUCUUCAACAUGGACGAGACUGGUCUUCAGCUUAAUAAUCGACCAGGGCAUGUUCUAGCUGAAAAGGGUUCUAAGGCUGUAUCUACAGUUACUUCUACUGAAAAGGGAGAAACGAUUACAGUUAUAGCCUGCUGCAAUGCUGGAGGUACAUUUUUACCACCUGCCUGUAUCAUAAAAGGCAAAAACAAAAAACCUGAGUUUGAGGAUGGGAUGCCACCGGCAUCGAAACUUUUCAUGUCCCUAAAAUCAGCGUACAUUACCUCAGAUUUAUUUAUUGAAUGGUUGAUAACACAUUUUGUUCCGAGGAAACCAGCUGGAAGAGUACUUCUUUUACUAGAUGGUCAUUCAACUCACUGUAAUUCUGUGGAAAUGCUGGAAUAUGCAAAGGUCAAUGACAUCACCUUACUUUCAAUGCCAAGCCAUACGUCUCACUACUUCCAACCACUAGAUCGUACAGUGUUUAAAUCACUGAAGACUCAUUUUUACGAGCAGUGUCGACUUUGGCUAAAACAAAAUCCUGGUCGUCGUAUAACACGAUUAUCAUUUGGAAGAUUGCUUAAUAAGACAUGGGGAAAGGCAGCUUCUGCAGAGAAUGCAAUUGCUGGUUUUAAAGCUACAGGUGUCCACCCCUUCAAUCCAUCUGCAAUUCCCGACUACGCGUUUAUCCAAAAAUUGACAAAGCAAAUGUCUAAAUCUCAAAAUGAGUGUACAGCCACUGUUAUGGUUGAGGAGCAAGAAGAAAAUCCUAGUAACAUAACUUCUGCUAAUCUGGAACCAGUUUCAAAUACUUUCGAAGUGCGACAAGACAUAUCACCUGCAAUCGCUGAGCCAAAUAGCUCUGUUGAGCGAGUAGUUUUAAACGCAAGUCCUGAGAUGAUUACAAGGAGGCCUAAAAAAUUAUUUGCUACUGCUUCAGCAGCAGUAAUUAAAAAAAUAUCAGAACAAUUCCCUAUAAGAAGCGAUUUGCCAGAUCUGACUCCAAGACGUAUUAAAAUACGUCUUGGAGUCAGAUCUGUGGAACUGGCGUAUUUGCUUUAA